AGGCAGAUCGAUUGGAGAAGCGAGAAUCGCGCGGGGGAGGGGGGUAGAAAGGAAACUCAGACAUCGAGGGCAAAAGCAAGGCACCGCUGCUGUGUUAUUUGAUUUUUACAUUGAAAUAAAAACUCACAGAGCAGAGCCCGAGGAUAGGGGAAGUCGCUGUAUUCCCGCAGCGAGCGGAGACCCUGGUGUUGGAAGUUGGGACAAACUUGCCCGAGCGCAGGCAGCCCGCCUGGGACUGUGCGAGGUGGACCGAGCGAGAGUGAGUGUGCUGAAAGAAGACCAGACCUGCCCCUGUUCAAUGCAGCCGGCUCAUCGUGAUGGACAGAGAUGCCCUGCUUCUUGCGCAGCUCCUGGCUUUCGCCGUUUUGGGUAAUAAUUUGUUGACCCCUGGGCUUGCAGCCAAUGAUCUUACAAACUUACAUGAUCAAUUACAAUCAAACCAAUCAGAUGAAAAAAUUGUAAGGAUCUGCAAUGUGACAGCUAUGCUCGAAAAAGUAUACUUAUGUGGAUAUCUGUUUGAAAACCAGCUCAAUGAAAUGAAUUCCAGUGACUGGUGCAACUUCACACUCAUUGCAGACUAUUACAGUACCUUCUCAUUCUGCAUGGAGAUUUCAGCAGAAAGUGUUUAUUGCUUCUGGCCGAAUCCUCAACUGGAAACCUAUGUAAUUAACAUUCACAAAUUAUUCUUUUCAAACUGUACUUCAGAAAUCUUAAUUUUUCAGGACCCUCCUGACAACAUCCUCUGUAUCCUCAUCGCAGUUCCUAUCUGUCUAACUAUUGUAAUGAUAGCUGUGGUGGUGUGGUGCAGCAAGAGGAGUGAUAUACUGGUGUAGAUUUAAGGAAGAAUAUUGCACUGCAGUAUGAAGCUGUUGUUUUAUGUUAAUGUGAUCUAAGUCAAUUCCACUGACAACGUGUUGAUCAAUAAUCAUCAUCUUUAGUUGUAAGAGGACAAGGGCCAGUGAUAAUCACAGAACUGUAAAGUGAAUGGACUGCAACAAAUAUAUUUUAAAACAUGAACCCUAUUGGGGAUUCAGCUGUCUGAUUUACUGAAAGAAAAAGGAUUGAAUGCCCCACCCUACUAUGGACUCCUGUGUACAUACUUCAAGCAUAGUACACAAUCAGUGACUCAGUGGCCGAGCUCAUUACAUUAUCCAGUCGUCGUCAUGAAUGACAAUUGUAAUUAUCUCAGAUCUUCUGUACAAUGAACUAUGAACAAGUCAGGAGGGAUCUUUUUUGUGAUAAUCUAAUGAAGAAGAUACAAGCACUUGUUGAAGGAACCUUUCUCAGUCCACUAUCGGAUAAAUUCUUGGAGUUGUCGGGUGUGGAGCAGCCACCAGGAAGGAUGUUGAGAAGAAUGAAAGGAAAUGCGCUGACUGUAAUUUCAUCAGUAGUGGUACGGGAACGAACAAGACCUCUGCAUUUCUUAAACUCUUUAUUAUGACUUAAAAGUAAAUACACUGCUCAUCUCUGUCCAGUGUAUUUUGCAUGGAAGAAACAUGAUCAUGGACAAAAUGUGAUGCCAUUAAGUACUCUAUGUUAAACAGAUAAUUCAAACUGAAUAAUUGUUACUGUAAAACGAGCAACUGGCAGAAUACAGUAGUUUCAGCCCAGUUUGACUUUGCUGUGAUACAAGUAGAUGUGAAGAUUGCUGUGUGAUGUCCUACUUUCUGUCUAAAAUGUCAUACACCAAUUUUUAUAUAUUUUAAACUGAUGACCUUGUCAGACAAUGGCAGGAAAUUAGUGUGUUCCACUUAAAGCUAAAAUGUGCCUUUUUUGGCAGGUCCCCGGACAUAAAUCCAUACAACUUCAAAACAAAUGUGUUAACAUGCUUAGAGAAUACCAUAGCAAUUUUUAAGGCAUUUAAGUAAAUUGCCCAGAAAACUGUGGUUAAAUUAUGUUAGUUAUUAAAGUCAUUGGCUGGCAGCAGAAAUAUGUUGAAACUGUGGACUAUAUUAUAGAAACAAUGACUAUAUUAUAGAAACAAAAUAACUCAAUAACAAAAAGCUGAACCUCAAGGAGUUUAAUGAAUGCAAUUUGUAACUUACUCAAAUCUCCAUUAUAGUAAGUUACAAGGAGAUAAGCCAGAAAGGACAAUUGUAAAAAGAAAUCUUUAACAGCCUCUGAGAAAAAGUUUCUCAGUAUAUUCAACUGUGGUUUUUGCUGUUGAAUUCUUAGUUAUAUAUAGGGACUGUAUAGAUUUACCUAAUUUAAAUGGCUCUAAUUAGACAAAGCUGCCAUUCUUGGGUACUUGCCUUCUAAUGGAGGCCGCAUAUUGCUGUACAAACAGCCAGAUUCUUUGUAAGGAGUCCGAGAUUUCUCAUAAUACAAGCUGCAACUCUGCCAUUUGGAAAAUAGGACCUGCCAUUGAUUGAAUAUUACACAACAGCUGGGAUGUAGGAAUUCUUCCAACGAAAGAGUCCCUGAUCUGGCUCUAAGCCGACUCUACCACAUCAGUGUUCUUGUUUAGGACAACUGGAGGAACUACCAUCCCAUUGAGACUAUUGAGAAAAAUCAGGGAAUUGUUAGAACCCCAGGUAUCAAAGAGUUCACCAGAUUCUCAAUUUCCUGCUCAACUUCAGUUGCUACAAUGAACGCUGUGGAAUUUCACCAAAAGGCCAAGGUUUUUGGUGCUUCUAACUUUUGUGUAAAAGAAAAUUGGAUGUCCUAUGGGUGAGAGAAUUGGCUGCUACUUACAAAAUUUAGAAGAGGUUUAAUGUGUUUCCGUCCCAAAUAUUAAAUUAUUUGGGGGUGUAAAAGGUAUCUGUAAUUGUGGAAAAUAAGAUUUCAAGUUAUUUGUGAGGACAUAUUCAUGAAGUUUUAUUUGAAUUUCCCAUCUGUGCUGACUUG